CUAGCCAGCCCGCACUGUCGGUUGGAAUUGGUUCCACACUGCCGUUGGUCAGUCUCUUGACGUCUACCGACUGUGUGUAUUCUUGGCUGUAAUCCCGCAGUACCGAAAAGGGCGGCAUCCGAUUCCGAGAGAGAGAAAUAGCAUGCGGGUUAGGCGCGGACUGCGGUGUCUGUCCGCAUUCGUCGUGUGGUUCGAUGGGACGAGUGCCUGGCGACUGUCCCCACCCCGUCCGACUCGCAAACGACCAAGACGUGACCCCGACGCGGUUCCUCCGCCAGUCAAACGGGACGUGUCUCCACCCCGCCGUCCUUCCCCCACCGCUCGGCCACCGCCGCCGUUGCGCAUGACGACGGCUCUCGGGAUUGUUCCACCCGACCCACUCUGGGAUACCAUCCAACGGGCUCGCCACUUUGCGCGUGACUCGUCGUACACGAAAUGGCCGCCCUGCAUACGACUCUUUCAUCCAUUUUCCCAAACGCUCGCUCUGCAGGUUGCCCGAGUCAUCGAAAAGUACGGAGUGGAACCUUUCGACAUUACCCUCAACGCGUGGUCCGUGGUGCCGCACUUGGAAGCGAUGGAGGCGGAUUGGUUGGCCAUGCAGAAGCUUCCGGCACAGGUUAGUUUAGAAGACGAUCGUCGGAGCAAAGAGCGCGCCGAAGUGGACGACUUGAUUGCUCGUGAAGUCGAAGUUGGCAAGGAAAAACUCCAGCAGCGACAACAGCGCAAAGCCAACCAAAGUAGCAAUAGCAAUAGUAACCACACCAACAGCGACGCCACCAAUAUCGACACCAACACCGCUAUUAAACACGCACCACACAUUGGAAGAGACUCGGACACUCUUCGGAAGGAUUCGACGGAAGAAAGCAGCAAUGUCACCGACGACGACGACGAUGGUCACCCACACCAAAAUCUGGACCGGCGAGACAAGAGUGCUCCGGCCGCAUCGUCACCGCGGGCAAUGCUCGAUCGUCAAAAACGCAUGUACGAAGAGUUCAAUGGUCCUUGUAUUGUGUGUUUGGAACCGGAUCAGGAAAGUAAAGAACGCCUCAUUGAAUUGCGUCAUCUACUCUGCCAGGAGUUGGGUAUGGAUCCCGCCUUUUCCCCAUCCUCCGCCAACGCCGAUCUCGAUACGCGACUCCCGAAAGCAGCCAAAGAAAGCGAGUUUCGACCCAUUUUACCGAUUGCCAGCUUUACUAGCGUCAACGCGGCGAUUGAUAUGGCACGCAAGCUCAGAGGGCUGUGGGAUCCGCUCACGUUUACCGUAUCCGACUUUCAAGUCAUUUCCUGCGAGGCCGGAGGCGAGCUGGACGAGUUCGGGGACAACGCUAUGCGGACCCCAACCCGCCCCCGUCCGGAUCCGUACGCGGAAAAUCGGGAAUACCAACUACGCAAAACAUCCUUUCUCUCCCACGUACAGGACCAGGAGCGCAACUUGACUCCCGACGGACAAUUUGGUUGUGACGCGCUCAUCAUGUUUCUAGGGGAAGAGCCGGAAGAAGACGAACGGGCCAGACAAAAACGAAAGCCAGACGUGCAAGUGAUGAACAGCGAUGGGUGCGAGUCAGAAGACGAAAUGAUAAUGGACGACAACAAAGGCUCCCGAGGUUUGGAGCUCUGGCUUUCCGAAGACGAUGACUUCGAUGAAGGCACCGCGGUAGCGGUUGGUAGGACUCUGUUCUUCACCGGAGAGACCCGAGAAUUUGUGGGAAUGCCGGCCACGAGCGUAGUGGACGCGAAAGACCGUAUCUUGGGCGAUGGAGUGAGCGGAGCCGCAAGACGCCGCAGCACAGUCCAUCGGUCGGGAAGCCUUUGGGAAGACGGCGAGUGGGGACGCAAAGAGGUGGACAGUCUGCCGUGGUCCAAAAUGGAGCGUGGCGCCAUGACUCGAGCACAAGAGGAAUACGCGAAAGAUGACGACAACGACGAUGCUUUGAGCGACGACGACGGCUAGCCAUAGGAUCGCAAUCGACUUGGGGUAGAAGGUGGAUUCGUUCGAAAGUUCUGCAGGUAGUAUCGCAACAGCAUGCUGCGCAGCGGCUCAUAUCGCAGAGUCUUGUGGCAUUCCAGCUACCAGAUUUGUACUCCUCCAUUGAAUGUGCGCCUUUUCGAACGACGCUUUUGGCCAGUUUCUGCGCAUCCUUUUCGUAUCUGUCUUGCUCGUGAUAGAUUUGCUCCUGGAUUGUUUGUAGGAUGUUCCCGAGUGCAACGACACGGUACCGACGGGGCUUCACCUUUCCUCAGGUAGUGUUGCUAUCUCCGGGACACGCAUACCUGGCAAAAAGAAGCGUUUCGCGUCGGGGUGAAAGUUUCGACAGUCCACUCAGUUUUCUUUGGCGGUGGGCCUCCCACCGUUUGAGCGUCAAAUCAAUCAGGUUAUCCUAUCCCACUACCAAUACAGAUAGCCCGCAAAACGUAGCCUGAAAUUAUACGGAGUUGUUAUUCGUAC